AUGGAAGGCAGCUACUGGUUCAUGGGAGAAGACCAGGACGCCCCGCUGCUAGGAGAUUUGGGCAUCAGGCGCAUGGCUUUCGGCUUUCCGGAUUCCAAGGACCUCACGCAACGCGUCACCCACGUGUUCUGCGAAGCCCAUUCUAUGCCCGACAAAAGCAAGUGCCUGUUCACCAAUAGUGACGACGCGCCCACUCGGAAGCUCCAUGUUGCAGCAGAGAAGGCCGAAGCAGGCCAUUGA